GUCACCACGCUGCUGACAGUCUAUGCGCUGAUCGGAGAUGACAUGCGCCUAAUCUUCACGGCCAAGGACGCCGAUGAGACGUUCAACUACAUCACCAUUACGACCAUGGUCGUCUUCGGAGUUGAGGUCAUCAUCAACACCCUGGGCAAGCAGGGGUAUCUUUUUGGCUUCUUCUUUUUCUUGGACGUCCUCAGCACAGUCACGUUGGUGCUGGAUCUCACCUAUGUCUCCGACACACUUUUUGGUGACUCCAUCUCUGCGGCGCAACAGCUCACAGAUUUCGAUGGUGCCGGUCCAGUGGUGGAGCGGCCCGUGGACCAGGGAAGCAGUCAGUCGGCGGAUGCAGCGCGGGCUGCGCGCAUGAGCCGUGUGGGCACGAAGGCUGGCCGGGUCGUUCGGCUGCUUCGGCUUGUUCGACUGAUUCGACUUAUAAAGUUCUACCAAAACAGAAGUAAGUCGAGCGCCAAGUAUGCCCAGGACAGCGAGGCGUCUCCUGGGAUGGAUUGGGAGGAGGAUGAUGACGACAUGCAGCAAGAGUCAGCGGUUUCGAAAAAGCUGUCCGAGAUGACGACGCGACGAGUCGUGAUGCUUGUGCUGAUCAUCAUGCUGUCCCUUCCCUUCUUCCAGCCGGGCAUGUACAACGAAGACCUCCCGUCCUCAGCCCAGUACGGCGCCAACGUGCUCUUCCGAAGAUGGCGCGAUGAUAUGAACACGUAUGAGCCUUGGGCCAAUGACACAGCCCGGGCAGCCUACUUUGGGUCCAAAGGCCGCGAGGUCUAUGUUGACGAUUUUUUCAUGUUCGCCUACUACCACAGCCCUUACACGACCCAGGAGUCGGUGCCUGCAGGGGCGGUAAGCUCACCUCUUAGCAGCUUCAAUCGCCUUUUCUGGGUGGGUGCACAUCCGGACAACGAGACUUUGGGUCAGUUCUUCUUGCCCUCCUUUGAGGGAAGAGGCACCGGUGCCGGGCAGGCCCAGACCUACGACCCGAACGAGCGUUGGGGUGGCGCAGAUUGGCUCUACUACCAAG